GGGAAGUCAAACCCGACAAUAUAUUACAUUGCUAGAUUCGUCAUCCCACUUUAUUAAUUCAAUGUAACUCAGGAUAUUAACACCUAAUUUGGAGAAGAAAAACAGAAAGGGUCCAAACUCCAAAGUCAGCGAUGAAUGGUACUAACUCAGAAAUCUCAGCUCCUCUGAUUCAGAGAGACGAACAACUAAAUCAUGAGGAUAACUCUCCGGUCGAGCAAGUGGCACUCACAGUUCCCAUCACAGACGAUCCCACUUCUCCGGUGGUCACUUUCCGCAUGUGGUUUCUCGGCACUAUCGCUUGUCUCCUUCUCUCAUUCCUCAACCAGUUCUUCUGGUACCGCCGUGAGCCCCUCACCAUCACCUCCAUCUCCGCCCAAAUUGCGGUGGUUCCGUUAGGUCACCUAAUGGCCAAGGGCAUUACGGACAGAGUUUUCUUCAAAGGAAGCAAGUGGGAGUUUACGUUGAAUCCAGGACCAUUCAACGUGAAAGAGCACGUGCUCAUCACGAUAUUUGCCAACUGUGGCGCUGGGAACCCUUACGCGAUUCUUCUGGUUAGUGCAGUGAAGUUGUUCUAUAAGAAGAAGUUGAGUUUUUGGGUGGCGUUGGUUGUUGUUAUUACUACGCAAGUGUUGGGGUUUGGUUGGGCUGGGAUGUUCCGGCCGUAUUUGGUGGAGCCGGCAGCCAUGUGGUGGCCUCAAAAUCUUGUUCAAGUAUCUCUAUUCAGGGCCCUUCAUGACAAAGAAGAGAGAGCCAAGAAUGGGUUGACAAGAAACCAAUUUUUCCUCAUUGCCUUUAUCUGCAGCUUUGCUUACUAUGUCUUUCCAGGUUAUCUUUUUCCAAUGCUAAGUUCCCUUUCUUGGCUGUGUUGGUUGUUUCCUUCCUCUGUCUUAGUCCAACAGUUGGGUUCAGGGCUUCAUGGCCUUGGAAUAGGCGCCAUUGGGCUCGAUUGGUCCAGUAUAUCCUCCUAUCUUGGAAGCCCAUUAGCUAGCCCAUGGUUUGCUACUGCAAACAUUGCUGUUGGUUAUUUUCUGAUUAUGUAUGUUGUUACACCUCUCAUGUACUGGUGCAAUGUUUACAAGGCCAAGAACUUUCCGAUAUUCUCGGAUGGCUUGUUUAAAGAAAAUGGCCCAGAGUACAACAUUUCAGCUAUCAUGGAUCCUAAUUUUCACAUUGAUUUAGAGAAGUAUGACCACGAGGGUCGUCUUUAUCUCAGCAUUUUCCUUUUACUGACUUAUGGAUUCAGCUUUGCCUGCCUCACUGCCACGGUUGUUCAUGUCCUCCUCUUUCAUGGCCGGGAUCUAUGGCAUCUCAGCAAGUCUGCUUUACAGGAGAAGAAAAUGGACGUGCACGCGAAGCUCAUGAGUAAAUACAAGCAAGUUCCUGAAUGGUGGUUCACGAUUAUUCUAUUAACAAAUAUUGCAGCAACUGUAUUUGUAUGUGAAUAUUACAAAAAUCAGCUUCAGUUACCAUGGUGGGGUGUUCUGUUAGCGUGCGGCCUUGCCUUCUUUUUCACCCUCCCGAUUGGAAUCAUUACUGCUACCACAAACCAAACACCUGGUUUGAAUAUUAUCACGGAGUAUAUAAUGGGAUACUUGUAUCCAGGAUAUCCAGUUGCUAAUAUGUGCUUCAAAGUAUAUGGCUACAUCAGCAUGAAGCAAGGUUUAAUCUUCCUGCAAGAUUUAAAACUGGGACACUAUAUGAAGAUCCCUCCUAGGGCAAUGUUCAUGGCUCAGAUUGUUGGAACCUUAAUAUCAGCAUUUGCACAUCUGGGAACAGCAUGGUGGCUAAUGGACGCCAUCCCAAAUAUUUGUGAUCGGGCACUGCUUCCUCAAGACAGUCCAUGGACAUGCCCAGCUGAUCAUGUAUUCUAUGAUGCCUCAGUCAUCUGGGGUCUGAUCGGGUCACAGAGGAUUUUUGGAAAUCUUGGCUAUUACGCCGCUACAAAUUGUUUUUUUCUAAUUGGAGCUGUAGCUCCUGUAUUUGUUUGGCUAUUACAGAAAGCUUUCCCGCAAAAACAAUGGAUUAGAUUGAUUUCGGUGCCUGUAUUAUUAGCCGGAAUAAUUAAAAUGCCACCUGCUACUGCUGUCAACUACAACAGUUGGAUCAUUAUUGCAUUUUUAUCAGGAUUUGUUGUAUAUAGAUACUACAAGAGUUGGUGGAGUCGUCACAAUUAUGUUUUAUCUGGGUCAUUAGAUGCCGGAUUAGCAUUCAUGGGUGUAUUGUUGUACUUGUGCUUGGGACAGGAACAUGUUAGCCUUCAGUGGUGGGGAAGUCAUACAGAUACAUGUCCUUUGGCUUCUUGUCCAACUGCGAAAGGGAUUAUGGUUGACGGGUGUCCUAUCUUUUAAAGGGAUUUGCCGUAUCUCCAAUAACAACUGCAGGAACAUGUGGUGAUUGCCAUAGUUCCUCCCUCUACAUAGUCCGUCUGGUUAUGUCUGUCCCCAUUGUUACAAGGCUUUUCUUUGUGAUCAUGGCUCUUGCUUUUGUUGAUGGGUCUCUACCGACGUGUCAUUAGCAGCAAGAAUAAGAGGACCCUAUGUCAAGUUUUAUGAUGAGUACAAGAUGUCACAAACUUUGGCAAGAAAACCACGACUCAAGAAAAUGCUCUGUAAAAAUAAAACUUGGAUUGUGUGUCCACUGUUCCGCCAGCUCCUGUGAUGAAGGAAAACUGUGAAAAUUGCUUCUAGGACAACAAUCAAUAUUGUAAAUUUCUUCGUACUCAUAAUAUUUUCAUCCAACUUUUAGGACAACAAUCAAUAUUGUAAAUUUCUUCAUUUAAUUAUAUUUUCAUCGUUGGAUAAAUCUCCUUAUAGAUAUAGAGGAUAUCCACUCUAUUGUACUUGCCAAUUUGCCUCAGUAUUUAUAGAUAUAGAGGAUAUCCUUUGAUUUUUAGAUACAAUAAUUGAAUCAAAGUUAGCACAGACACCAUCAUAAUAAACUCAACAACAAAAAAAAGAAACUGAUCUAUAGUAUUUCCUUUCAUUCUGUUAAGGAGUUUCUGACCUUCUGCUGUAUGUUGUUUUCAUCAAUCAUUUUUUCAUCACUUUCUUUACGGAAUUUUAUCAAGAACUUCCCCAGAACCAUCAAAUCGUUGCUGAAAAAGGAGGUCUCCUCUGAAGCCACACUUUUCUGCCCCAAAAGAAGUGAUUCAUUGGACUAGUUUCUACUAAAAGUGAAAGAUAGCAGCUAGCAUUUCACCAUAAGAUGAGAUCUCCAUGUGAUACACAAGUUUGAAGUCGUCAUCAGGGAUUUGUUACUGGUGAUGACUCCCGGUCAAACUAUGAGGUGGAUCAUUGCUAUUCUUUAUUGGUCAGAAUUACACGGUGAACAUUCACAGUGCAGGUUUCCAGCAGCCCGUACUUCCAUUUUUAGUAGAGUAUUUUUUAGACAAGAUGAUAUUCUAUGUAGUAUUCCGCUUUGGAGAAGUUAACAAGUACUUCCAAGUGUUCUGAGUGUCUAGUUUAGUCGAACUGCUAUUUGAGCAGCACUACGUUGCUUACUAGUUGGUGCUCGUCUAUUGUUGGUUGAACCAAAAGCUCUAACAGGGAAGAAACUUUUGGAUUCUAAUUGAAGGACACUUGAACU